GUUCAAUGUAAGAUGAGAAGCGAAUCUUAGAAUAAGAGAGACGACGGCUCAAAACUCAUUUCAACAUCGUCGGUCGCAGCGCGAGCACGUUACCAGAAAAUUCUUAAAAACUGCAAAGCAUGGAGCAAAUGAAAUCGAAACCAACUGAAGAUGGCGACAACAGCGACAGUGAUGUGGAAAUAGUCGAGGGCUUUAGUCUGGAUAAACCGAAGAUCGGACUAAAUAGGAUGUCUAAAAUCACUGCAGAUGCCAACGAUAGCGAUAGUGAUGUGGAAAUAGUCGGAUGCUUCGCUCUGAGUAAGCAAACGAUCCGUGAGAAGCAGCCACCAAUUCCUCCAGCGAUGACGCACAUUCCGAUGCCGUUAGCCACACCGCCGUGGUCCUCCACCGACACUUCAAUGCCUAUCCUCUCGAGCCUGCUGAGCGGGAACGGACCCAUUCGUCCUCCACCUGGCUCGGUACUUUGCAUUCCGUGCUAUCUGUGCCAGAAGCGGUUUUACGACACAGAUCUUCUCAAGGAGCACCUAAUCCAACAUGGCAUGAAGAUCUACCUAAGCAGUUUGCAAUCUCAAGUCACCACGGUACAACCAACUGUGCAACAGCCUUUCCUAGAUCCGACCAACGUUCGCUUUUCAAGCGCUCAUUCAACGCCACCGCUUGUUCCAUCAUUUAAUAAUUCAUGUUUAAAGACAGGACGUCCACGUGAGGUAUCCUUUGAAUGCCAGUUUUGCAAAAUCAAGCUAAGUUCCUCCCAGGAACUGGAACAUCACCAUAAGCGCUGCAAUGCGAGAAAAGCAGCGGCGGCGAAUUUCGUAUGCAAGAUAUGCAAUAAGGCCUACAGACGUGAAGGCUUUUUAACUCGUCACAUGAGACAAAAACACAAUUUCCGUCUGUUUGAACUUCCAAAAGCACCACCGUCCCCCUGUUCAUCCGCAGCAUCCACAUCGGAGUCAACUCUCACAGAAAGUAGUACUGAGCUGACCAAUGCAGAGCCAGUCGUCGAAUGUUAUCCAUCCAGCGGAGAGUUAAUGGCGGACGGGGGGGAGCUGCAGAAUGUCGAUCCUCCUUCCAAUUAUUGCCCGAUCAGCGAAUUUACAGCAACCGCUUUGGAGUUAACCUCAUCACCAACAAGCACUCGAUUGAUUAAAGAUGAGCCAGCUAUCGAUUCGCAUGCAAGUGAAUCGCAUGAAGAACUAGCAGCGAAGGCAGCCGCCUUCUACUGUCCGCCCGCCGAAUGGGCAGCCAUGGGCCGACCGUUUGCAAAUGGUUACUACUUCAUUCCCAUGGAUCCCAACAAAACUUAUGCACCUCGUCGGGAUGAUUGCUUCUUGCCUGAAUUUAGUAACUGGGUCAGCAAAGAAGAAAUGGAGAAGUAUUCCCAACGGUGCCAGACCUAAAAUGCACCCAAAGAAAAAAGCUGAAGCGUUCUUGGAUACUCUAAAUUAUUGCCAUAAAUUAUAACGUAUGUAUACUUUUUGUGGAUAUUUCAGAAAGGCUGAUAUUCCCUUCCAAUCUCAGCAGUUGUACAAAAAGGAAAUAGGACUUCAAAUUCCGAAAACUAAUAAAAACGAAUAAAGAGCUGAAA